AUGGCCGGUCAAUAUUUUAUCAAGCACCACAUCAUGCAUCACACUCAUACCAAAAUUUGGUUGUUUGAGCUUAAUGGAGAUGAAAUCCAAACCACCGUGACAGAUGAUGAGAAAUUGAUUGACGAUCAUAUAUCAUCUUUCUUACGCCCUACCAACAAUCACGGAACGAAGGUUAUUGGGAUUGAUACCGAGUGGCGUCCAAUUAUCUAUAACAAUCACGAUGAAACCAGACCCGCAAUUUUUCAACUUUGCGACGGAUAUUCGUGUCUUAUUCUUGACCUACACUCUCAGUUUGAGGUUCCCCUCUCACUUCUUAAUUUUCUUCGUCAACCAAAUUAUACCUUCGUUGGUUGUGGCAUUAAGGAUAAUUUUGUUAACUUGGAGAAGCAUCAUGGGAUUGGAUGCAGAAAUGCAGUUGAACUUGGAACCCUAGCUGCCACUCUCAUGAAUGCGCCUCAUUUAAGUUUUUGUGGCGUUGAUGAACUUGCAUUUGUGGUCGAUAAACUUGAUCUUCGUAAGUAUAGGCCUUUAAGCAUGAAUUUUAACUGGGGUGAUUAUCCCCUUAAGGAAGAACUUGCUAAACUUGCUACUGUUAAUGUUUACUCUUAUCAUAAGAUUGGGAGUAAAUUGCUUGGAAGGUAUAUACCUUAA